AUGUCAACAAGCACUGAAAGGAAACAACCUCACCAUACAGACAAACAAAGUUCUCACUAUUGCGAGGUGCAGAUAUUUGUGUGCAGUGACGGCUGGUUUGGUGAGGACUGUGACAAACAGUGUCACUGUUCACAAAACACAGAAGUAUGUGAAAAGAUCACUGGACAUUGUCUGAGUGGAUGUGCUCCAGGAUACAUGGGAAUAGACUGUCAAACAGGGUGUCAAGACGGUUACUAUGGAAACUGCAUCUCCAAGUGUGGAAACUGCCUCAACGCUGCCUAUUGUGACAAGGACACAGGCAUCUGUCCUGGAGGUUGUGCAGCAGGGUGGCACACUGACAAAUGUCUUCAACGGUGUCAAGACGGUUACUAUGGAAACUGCACCUCCAAGUGUGGAAACUGCCUCAACGCUGCCUAUUGUGACAAGGACACAGGCAUCUGUCCUUUAGGUUGUGCAGCAGGGUGGCACACUGACAAAUGUCUUCAACCAUGUCCAGAAGGACGUUAUGGUGCCAAUUGUACGUCUCCGUGUGGUCACUGUAUGGACACUGACGUUUGUGACACGGUGAUAGGGAAAUGUCCUGGAGGAUGUCAGUCAGGAUGGUUGCCAGAUCUCUGUUCACAAGCUUGCAGUGACGGUCGUCAUGGACAUCACUGUCAGACUGAGUGUGGCCAAUGUAAAGGAAACCUGCCUUGUAACAAGAUCAAUGGAACAUGUCAUCAAGGAUGUCAGCCAGGGUUUCAAGAACCCUUCUGUAAAGAAUGCGUUGAUGGUAUGUAUGGGGAUGACUGCAUGUCCCGAUGUGGUCAGUGUAAAGACGCCUUAAGCUGUGAUAAGUCCAGUGGAGAAUGUCCUGAAGGAUGUCAGGGUAACUUCAUGAAGCCCCUGUGUCAAGGUUGUACAGAGUGUCCGGCAACAUCAGGAUACUCAAACCAGGUAGUGCCAGUUGCAGCUACACUUGGAACACUUCUCGUCUUGGCUCUCAUCGCUCUGCUGACAGCCAUCAUUUACAUCAGAAGACUUAAAAUUCAACUGGAUGCCUCACAACAAAAGAAACCCGAAGAUAACUACAUAUCCUUAGACGAGAAGACCAGGGAUGCGGUUAUGGAGAAUACAUAUGAACCCAUUGACAAUACCACUCCUUAUAUUAAUGUAGGGAAUGACUCUCACACCCGCAUUUGAACUGAAUAGUUGCAUAAAGCGUCUUGUCUUGAUGUAUAUUGAUAUUUAUCUUACCUCACACAUAAAUGUGGUUUUCUGAUUGGCUGAGCGCUCUUCUAUUAUUACCCCGCAUAUAAGCUAGUAACAUUUUCUAAGUUACUUGCUGGGAAUGCCGACCUGUGGGAAUUCAUUUGGUAAUUCGAAUAUUUGUGUCACGUAUGGCGUACGGUAAUAACCGAUAUUUUGGGAAUGCAAAUCGAUUAAAGGGA